AUGUCCUUCUUCAAGGAUGCGCAGAACGUCAGCAUCAAGGGCGGCACCUUCAACGUCGUGAACGGCAGCAUGCACGUAGUCGAUAACAGCCGCCGCACGACCAACUUCAAUUCGUUCAAUACGAGAAACAACACGGUGAUUGGGUCGCACAAUAACAACUCGCAACGAUAUCAUGGAGCUAGUGCCAAUUUCGUAGCUCGAAAUCUGGGACGCGAUCGAGGACGAUCGUCGACUGCUGAUUAUGGCAACAAGCCUGCAUACGCGUUACCGCCGCCUCCUACUCUGCCCGCCGACAUGAAUCUUGAAAAUGCCCCACCAGGAAGCCGUAUUCGCAACCAAGACUCCUUCAACAUGACGAAUGGUCUGGCGGAUAACGUCUAUAAUAAUAAUUCGCAGGAAUAUGACUUCCAGUCGCGAGGCUCAACGAGGCGAAGUCGGACUACAGUUCAGACCUCUCAAGACGACGAUGAAGAUGUCUCGAUGGAAGAUCCGGACGACUCUGAGGACGAGCAGAGUUCCUCUGCCCCAACCACGCCUCCCUCUGCCUCUGGCCCGGACGUCAAUGCAUACAACCGUAGCGUUUACGGCGCCCAUCCCUACUCGCAACCUGAUCCGGCGCAUCACUAUCCUUAUUCCUACGGACCACCACCACCGCAACAGGCCUACCAGUACCAACCCUACGCCUACGCUCUGCCUGUGCCCAACUAUCACCACUAUCCGACCCAUGCCGGUGGCUACAUGCAAUCCCGACACCCGCAAACCUUCCGAAUGGGCGAAGAGCAGAAACGGCAGUUCAAGGACGUCAUGAAACACGCGAUGCAGCAGGUGGCGAAGGACGUUCAAGAGAUCCACGACGAGAACAAAUCGACCAGUGGAGCAUCGGUCCAGGAGGUAGACUCGAGUGACGACGAAGAUGAGAUUGGUCGGCCUCCCGCGAAGGGCGAUGCGCCGACGUCACCCCGUAAUGGGCUCUCGAAGGGCAUGGCGAACAUGGCUUUGGACGACGAGGCCUGGCCGGAGCUCUUGCGGGCCAAGACCAUGCCGUCCGAUGCUGCAUCCACCGCCGCCUCGGACCCUGGUCCUAGUACGAACACGAAGCGGAUCCGACCUCAUCACUCAAACUCUGACCCCGAAAUCCCUUCGCACCUCAAGGAUCGAGCGUUUUCUGGGUUCGGACGUGGCGUAUCCACUGCGGGGAUAUCGUAUACCACACACCCGAAUGGGUACACCCGCGUCGAUAACAGCGUUCAUACGAGCAACUAUGGGUCGUACAAUUGUGCGAGCAACCUCAUGCAAGAUUCACACAACGAUAACUCGGUUAGGGCGUCUGGGAUGAUCGAAGGAUUUGCGGUGCGCGGGCGUUACACCUGGUUGGCCAGCCACUUCGCUGGGUCGUCUUUUCCAUCUGGGGUGAAAGGCGAUGCGCAGGCGAUGUUGCCUCGAGUCCCCAUCUUACUCGUCGGAAUGGAAGGUAGAAAGCCAGGAAAGAAGAUUCCCCCCGGUGUCGAGGCGUUAGCCAACCGACUGGGAGCAUCGACGGUCGUGAUAAACACGCUCCAGAGGCCCGUUGCGGAAGAGCAUCUCUUCUUCUUGAAGGACGUCGCUGAGCAGGCUCGAGCGAUUCUCGAAACGAUCAGGAAAAUCGAAGAGGGACACGUUGACGAGGAUUUUGCAUUCCUUGGUCUCGACACUUGCGGGCUGAUGUAUAUCAUCAUCAACGAGUGCGACAAGAUCGUGAAUAGGGGAGAAAUCGUUCCAGAGAAGUUCAAAUGGGAGGCAGGGGAGCUACAGGAAUUUCUCAAGAAGGUUCUGGUGUUCAUGGAGAAGAAGAUCGCUCGCGGUGUAUUCAAACGAAUCUAUAAGCAAAGCAAGGACAGCGAGAAGGUCGAAAGCUAUCGCGAGAGGCUGAAGAAAGUCAUGCCGAAAUUUGGGGUCUUCGAGCGGAAGUCCAUCCAGGAGGUUCUUGAGCAAGUCAUUAGUGAGAAGGUCCUGCAGCACGACAUUCAAGCACGCCACGCUCAGGGUUUGGGACGAACAGACCCCGUCUCCUCUGCCACAGUACAGCUUGCGGAGAAGAUGGUGGCGCUCGCAACUUCGGAUGAGCCACUUCCUGUCGUCCUGAUCGACUAUGUCGACAGCGAUCGUGAAGACAUGAAGGCCCAUUCAUACCGUCUCGAGGCCGAACGAGACGCGCGGAUGAAAAGAGAGGAAGAAUUACAACAGCUGGAACUCAAGAAGGCUGCAGACGAAGAACGACGAAAUGCGAGAUUAGCCCAGGAGCUUCAGCGUAAGAAAGCAGAAAAGGAGAGAUGGAGGCGGUCUGAACAGGAGUUCAGUCGUUUACCAGAAGCUACGGCUGCAGCGACGCUUUCUCCAGUUACUAAACCUCUCAGUCGACCGACCUCGCCCCAGAAAAAGGCACCUUCAGUCGCCAUAUCGGACUCGAACUCGGACUCGGACUCAGAGGACGACGGUCCGAAUAUUCCUGCUCGCAGUUCUACACCGCUCGUGGACCAGCUCCGCGAUCAGGAGCUCGCGCGGCGUUUGCAGGAAGAGAUGAACCGUGAAGCGGAAGACGAGAAGAGGAAGAACGAGCUCGCGGCGUAUCGUCUGGCUCAGAAAUUGCAACAAGAAUGGGACGAAGAAGACAAAGAGCUCAGCGAUUCUGAGGAGAGCGACUCUGAAGAAGAGAGAUCGCCAUCGCCACCUCCGCGAAGGAAGGCACCGUCGCCUCCAAGAUCGCCUAGAUCACAUUCUCCCCGAACGCCCGUUUAUGAUCAGUCGCCUCAAAUUCCUCAAAUGGCCGUGCCUCCUUUCGGCGGCGUAUUCCCUCCACACAGUCCUGGGUACGGACACCCAGGAUAUGCGCCACACGCCGUUCACCCGUCGACAUCUCUACACAGUAUACACGGAAGCGGUGUCUCGAUGGGCGGCGGCCCUGUGUCUGUCAUCCACUCGAAUUCGGGGAAUACAAACAGUUUCAAUAUCUCGAAUAGUUUCAACGACAGUAGCGUUUCGUGGAGGAGGAAUUCGGACAGCGAUUAG